GUCGCCCCCCCAGCCCGCGGGGCGGAGGGGCAGGGGGCGUCUCUCCCGCCCCGGCCGGGAGCCCCCGACAGCCGCAGCCGGCGGAGACAUCGCCGUGGAGAUCCCGGAGCGGCCCCGGGGGCUAUAAAGCCGAGAGGCGGGGCUCGGCUCCGGCAUCCUCUCGGGCAUCCCCUCCGGCAUCCUCUCCGGUACCCCUCCGGCAUCCUCUCGGGCAUCCCCUCCGGCAUCCUCUCCGGUACCCCUCCGGCAUCCUCUCCGGCAUCCCCUCCGGCAUCCUCUCCGGUAUCCCUCCGGCGUCCUCUCCGGUACCCCUCCAGCAUCCUCUCCGGCAUCCCCUCCGGCAUCCUCUCCGUUACCCCUCCGGCAUCCUCUCCGGUACCCCGUCCAGCAUCCUCUCCGGCAUCCCGUCCAGCAUCGUCUCCGGCCUCCCCUCCAGCAUCCCCUCUGGCAUCCUCUCCGGUACCCCUCCGGCAUCCCGUCCAGCAUCCUCUCCGGCCUCCCCUCCAGCACCCCCUCCGGCAUCCUCUCCGACAUCAUCUCCGGUACCCCUCCAGCAUCCUCUCCGGCCUCCCGUCCAGCAUCCUCUCCGGCCUCCUGUCCAGCAUCCUCUCCGGCCUCCCCUCCAGCAUCCCGUCCAGCAUCCUCUCCGGUACCCCGUCCAGCAUCCUCUCCGAUACCCCGCCCAGCCUCCUCUCCGGCCUCCCGUCCAGCCUCCUCUCCGGCCUCCCCUCCAGCCUCCUCUCCGUUAUCCCCUCCAGCACCCCCAGCGCCGAUCGGCCUCGCUCCGGGCCGGGGGGCGGGAGGGGAGGGGGUCCCGCCUCUGCGACCCCGGUGACCCUCCCUCCCUCCCCUCCCUCCCUCCCUCCCUCCCCCGGGCCAUGCUGAAGCCCAAGGACCUGUGCCCCCGCGCGGGCACGCGCACCUUCCUGGACGCCAUGCAGGCGGGCAAGGUGCACCUGGCGCGGUUCGUGCUGGACGCCCUGGACCGCAGCAUCAUCGACUGCCGGGCGGAGCAGGGCCGCACGCCGCUGAUGGUGGCGGUGGCCCUGCCGGACCCGGCGCUGCGGGCCCGCUUCGUGCGGCUGCUGCUGGAGCAGGGCGCCGCCGUCAACCUGCGCGACGAGCGCGGCCGCACGGCCCUGAGCCUGGCGUGCGAGCGCGGGCACCUGGACGCCGUCCAGCUGCUGGUGCAGUUCAGCGGCGACCCGGAGGCGGCCGACGCGGCGGGCAACAGCCCGGUGAUGUGGGCGGCCGCCUGCGGCCACGGCGCCGUGCUCGAGUUCCUCGUGCGCUCCUUCCGCCGCCUCGGCCUGCGCCUCGACCGCACCAACCGCGCCGGACUCACGGCGCUGCAGCUGGCCGCCGCCAGGGGGCACGCGCCCUGCGUCCAGGCGCUCACCGGGCCCUGGGGGCGCGCCGCCGCCGCCGCCGCCGCGCGCGCCCGCGGAACCCGCGCCCCGCCCGCGACCCCGACGCCCGCGCCCCCCGACGGGGGCGACGAGCGCGCGCCCAGCCCCCGCCGCCUGCCGCGCCCCCUGCUGGCGCGCUUCGCGCGGGCGGCGGCGCGGCGGCGGCGGCGGGGGGGGGGCGGCGGCGGCGGGGGCGAGGCGCGCGCCGGCGGGCGGCAGCGGUCGCUAGGCAACGAGCGCCCCGAGCUGGGCCGCAGCCUCAGCCUGGCGUUGGGCGGCGGGGCCGAGCGGCGGGAGCAGGCCCUGCUGCCCGACCACGCCCACCACCACCACCACCACGACGACCACCACCACCACGACGACGACGACGACGAGAAGGGGGCUUCCACCCCCCCCGCCCCCUCCGGGCUCGCCCCUCAUCCCGAGGCCGGAGCCCCUUGGAGGGGCCGCCUGGGCCUGCGCCGCCGCUCGACGGCCCCAGACAUCCCCAGCCUGGGCGGCGGGCCGGGGGCAGGGGGCCAGACCCACACGCUGCCCCCCGCCCAGCCCGGACCCAAGCCGCCCUAA